AUGCCCCCUCCGGGUUCGCGCGUAGCCUUUGGUCGAGUCAAUUCGCAGCGUCUGCCCUCGUACUUGAAGACGUCUAUUCCCACGGGUGACUCUUUCAAGCAGAUCAAAAAGGACCUGCGUGGUCUUGGCCUCUCCACUGUAUGUGAGGAGGCACGAUGCCCCAAUAUUGGAGAGUGCUGGGGAGGUGGAAGUGGGAAGGAGGGAGCGAAGGAGAAGGCCACUGCUACGAUUAUGCUCAUGGGAGAUACAUGCACACGAGCCUGCCGAUUCUGCUCCGUCAAGACUUCUCGCACUCCUGGCGCAGUCGAUCCUCAUGAGCCGGAGAACACCGCCGAGGCCAUUAAGAGGUGGGGAUUGGGGUACAUUGUGCUCACCAGUGUGGACAGGGACGAUAUGGCUGAUGGUGGAAGUAGACACAUCGAGGAGACCAUCAGGAAGAUCAAGAGCAAAGCGCCAAACACACUGGUCGAGGCUCUGGUACCGGACUUUAGUGGCAAGAUGGAGGAUGUAGAGAGGGUGGCUACUAGUGGACUAGACGUCUUUGCCCACAAUGUCGAGACGGUGGAGAGGACCACUCCCUCUGUACGAGACAGGAGAGCACACUAUCGCCAAAGUCUUUCUGUACUGCGUCGUGCUAAAGAGGUCAAGCCUACUUUGGUGACCAAGACCAGCAUCAUGCUCGGAUGUGGAGAGGAGGAUGCGGAGAUUGAGCAGACGCUGAGAGAUCUGAGAGAACACGAUGUGGAUGUGGUAACACUGGGACAGUACAUGCGUCCUACGAAGAGACACAUGGCCGUCACGAGCUACGUGACACCGGAUCGCUUCGAGCAUUGGAAGAAGGUGGCAGAGGACAUGGGCUUCUUGUACGUUGCCAGUGGACCUCUGGUCAGGAGCAGCUAUCGAGCAGGAGAAUUCUUCAUCGAAAAUGUACUCAAGAAGCGUCAGGCGCAGGGAGGCAGUGGUAGGGGAGGUGUGCAGCUUGCAGAUGGCGGUAGUGGUGACUCGCCCGUGGCGCCCAUGUCAUCGAUCUUGUCCCAGUAG